GCUUGGGAAGGUGCAGGAUCCCCAAAAGCAGUUUGAGCUUCACUGCCGACGAUAAACCGUGAAAACACACUCGGAUGUUGUCCACAACGUCCUUAGUGAGCAACGAAGCGAUGCUAGGAGGCGCCCAGAGCUCAUCGGCUGAGCCGAGCUUGUUGUGCAGCCACAAACCUGUGUCGCUCUCCCUCAUGGACGCCAUCUUGAAGAAGGAGAUUUGAAUGGACGGGCAUUAACCGGGACGACGAGAGCCUUUGCUGUGGGCUCCGCCUCCUUGCCGUAGGGCCACGCCCCCUCGCCGCGGGGCCCCAUUUCCUACAACUGCAACACAACCACGCUGCAGCCCCGCCCACAUCCCAAAACCCCUCCCCCACUCCUGUUGGGGAACCACCAAUGAAAGAACGGCCAAUACUGCAGUCAGUUAACCGGCUGAACCGCCUCCCCUGUCGGGCUGCUUCGCCGAUUGGUUAGAAUUCACGUCGAUCAAAAACAUGACCGCCCCUCUCUCCCUGCGCAACCGUUGCUCGUCUGGUCGGAUCGAGGCGGGGCUGUUUGGGACGGUCGAGUGGUUUUAAAUUUGAAAUCUUUCUCUCGGGUCCCUGCUUGCAGCCGCCGCCGUCGUCGCGGCGAUCAUGGCCGUUCCUUCGCUCUGCCUCUUCGUCUUGCUCGCUGCCGGCUUGAUAGCCGAAGCCAACGGCGAAUCUGGGACUGUCAUCCCGGCUGAAAGUCGUCCCUGUGUUGACUGCCAUGCAUUUGAAUUUAUGCAGAGAGCAUUACAAGACUUGAAAAGGACUGCAAAUAACCUAAACACUAGGACUGAUGAUCUGCUGCUGAGAGUGGAAAAGCGGGCAUUAUGUGACUGUCUGCCUUCAAAUCUGUUAGCCUGAUGUAUUAGAGGUGGGCCGCGACACUUUGCUCAGAACAUAUUCCUGUGCCUCGUGACAUGCAAAUGAAAUAUGUCUAAAGCGUUUGAAAUAUAUCUCAAACGUUUGAGAUGAGCUAAAUAUUCACAGUGAAAUAAUAAAUGUUUCAGAGACCUUUUUCAAAAAAAGGCAAAUAAACUUUGAUUCCUGAAGGCACUGUUGUUUGAAAUUCUCUUCCUAUUCCUGACUUCAGAUGUCUUCUGAAAACCAUUUUUCUUUCACUGACCUUUUCUUAUUUCUCCCUUUCCCUUCAAUUAAUAUUUUCAAAGCUACCCAACCUACCUGUCCUGUUGUCAAAUAUUUUGAAUCUUUUUUUCUGUGAGGAAUAGGUGUAAUGUGACUGCAUUUCAAUUUUAAUAUGCUAGUUGGCAGAAUUUGUUUGCACUUUUAUUUAUCCUGCACUUAACUAGAAAGCAUGAAAUGUGAUGUAAUAAGACAGCUUAAUAUUGUAUUGUGUGUUUAUCCCUGUACUAUUAGCUUUCACAGGGAUAGGGCAGGAAAGGAGAGUUGAGAAACAAGUUUUAACCAUGAUUCAGUUGAAUGAUGUGCAAAUUGAAGGGGCCAUUGGUCUACCCUGCUUCUAUUUCUUGUGCCCUUAUAGGAUUCCAUUAUGUUCAAUUAUUGGUGAGUAGAAUGUACUUUACUAUGUCUUGUAAGAUUUAAAUAUUUAGUGGGGGAAAAUGUGGUUUUGUGUCAAGUUAACAAGUAAUUUUCUAUGCUAAUAUAUGUUUGAUCCUAAAAGUGUAACUUAUUUCACAAUGAGAAUAUGCAUGGUACUGUUACAAAUAUAACAUGCUACAUUGAAGUAAAAUUCUACCCUAUGAAACA